UUUGAUUUAGUAGACAACAUUGCCAGUGAUGUGAUGAAUCUUAGCCUGGGCAAUGGGGUCGAAUUCUGAUGGAUAUUUAGUGCCCUGUGCCUAUUGCAUCGCUCUGCUGGACUUCAUAUCCGCCAUGCUAUUCGCAAUUAUCUCAGGAGUGGUAUUUGCCAGGCAUGGUCAUUGGUCUGCCUUGGUUGCCCUGAUCUUCACCAUUUUCUGGAUGCUCAUAAUCGUAGUUCUACUGGCGGGUAUCUACAGACGGAAACUGGGACUGAUUCGAUUUUGGUUGGUGUUCACCUGCUUGGGAAUACUGCUAGAUGGAUUUAUACUGCUCUAUGGCCUGACUUUGGCCAUUUCCGUGAACUGGGAGGGUGUCAAAAUCACAGUACUGCCCUUCGUGGGACUGGCUGUGGAAAUGACUUUUGUCUAUAUCAUUUACCUACUGUAUCUGGAUAUGAUUGAUUACAGUGCAUCAGAAUCGCACCAUGAAGAGAAGUAUAGAGAAAAGAGUGGCUGUGAAGUGGAAUACGAGGAGGAGAAGGAGGAGGAAAAGCCACUGGAUCGCAAGGAUCUGAAACGCAUGGAAAAACAAGCCAAGGAGCGCAUGAAAAAGGAUAAAGCCGUUCUCAAACAACUUCAGAAACAAAUGCGAAAGUAAACGAAUUGAAAGUUUAAAUUAUUUUUAUAUUUUCAAAAUAAACAUUGAAAUGAAUGCCUUGAUUAGAGCUUUAA